GCAUCAACAACGCCAACAAAAGCCCACCAGCAGUGAAACGGUAGAACGAGCGCGAGGAGUAAUAUAUUUCUGUCUAUUUUCUAUAUCUAUAUAUUUAUUUACUACGCUUCUAAUCAAACAACCACAGGAAACCAAAAGAUGGGGUGCGACUCAUCGAAGGAGGGCGUUGCGACGUCGACGGGCACCUCGAAGGAGAGCAGACACGGCGAGCGCAGCAGCAACAAUAGCAAGUCGGGCAAACACAACCACAACGACGGAGUCGCGAAGGUGGAUGGCUUCGGCAGGGCCAAGUCCUCCGGCGCGAACAACAACGGCGGUGGCGGCUUCCUCUUGCGCCAGCAGGGCAACACCGAUCAAAGCCGCUGGCCGACCUGCCACUUCUGUCACAAGAAGAUCCCGGAGAAGGAGUACAACGCCCACACCGUGAUGUGCGACGAGCGCGAGGUCACGUGCUGGAACUCGUGGUGCCGCAAGAUCGUCCGCCAGGGCGACCUGCAGAAGCAUCUGGAGGAAUGUGGGAAGAAGCAGAAGGCGAUUUGCCCCAAGUGCGGCGUAGAGAUCCUCGCGAUUGAUAUGCAGGCCCACCGCGACAGCUGCCAGCCGAAGCCGUGCCCGCAGUGCGGGGAGCUGUGCAUCACCCGCAUCCAUAAGUGGUGCCCCAGGACGAUCUUGUCCAAGGUGCGCUUUGUGAACGGCCCCUUCGCGACGGAGGCGCUGCGGAAGAAGUAUAUCCCGCCUGGAAAGGAAAACGAUGUAGCGGCCAGCAGGUCGUACAACGUCGCCCGCAUUCAGCUGCUGUGGCGCUGGAUCAAGUGCAAGGCCAUGAUCGAGGAGACGAUCUUCCGCAGCGUGUACAAGGAGAUGGAUCUGAAGAAGGAAGGCUUUGCCAUCUUCAAGGCACACGACAAGGUCAAUGAGCAGCACGUGAUGGCACCGAAGCGGUCGCGGUCGGUCAUACAAGCCCCGGUGGUGGCCCCGGCCACCUCUUCUCACUACUUCCCCGUCAGCACGAGUGUGCCCAUCACGUUGGAGCACGUCGAGCGGAUGCUAAAGGAUCUCAAGAGCCACAUCCUGCUCCCCUACCCGGCCGCCUGGCGCGUCUUCACCGACGCGAUGAACCACCUGAACACGAUGCCGAACGUGGUGCGGGUGUCGCCGCCCGUUGGCGCCCGCGUGAGCAACGGGCGUGUCAGCCAGGGCUGCAAGGUGGUAGUGGUGGGCGACAUCCACGGCCAGAUCGCGGAUCUGCUGCACAUCUUGAAGGAGAGCGGGAUGCCGAGUGAGAGCAACUACUACAUUUUCAACGGCGACUUCGUGGACCGCGGCGCGUGCGGGGUGGAGAUCAUUUUGGUCCUCUUCUCGCUCAUGCUCGCCUGCCCCAAGUACGUGACGCUGAACCGCGGCAACCACGAGUGUGAUUACAUGAACGACGAGUACGGCUUCGAUGUGGAGGUGAGCACCAAGUACGACCGCAACGUAUUCCGCCUCAUUCAGCGGUGCUUCUGUGCCCUCCCGCUGGCCACCAUCGUAGGGGGCAAAAUAUUUGUCGUGCACGGCGGUCUGCCGCGGCGCAAGGGCGUCGGCAUCAACGACAUCUCACGCAUUCAGCGCUUCCGCCAGAUCCCGAUGCCGAACUACUCGCAGCCGGAGGAGGAUGAAAUCUUCCAGGAUCUGCUGUGGUCAGACCCCGUAGAGGACAUUAAGGGCUGGCGCGAGAGUCAGCGCGGCGCGGGGGUGGAGUUCGGCGCCGACGUAACGAACGAGUUCCUCGACAACAACAAGCUGGAGCUGGUCGUGCGCUCGCACGAGGAGUGCCUUAGCGGGUACGAGGAGCACCACAACCGCCGCCUGCUCACCGUCUUCUCGGCCAGCAACUACGAUGGGCCGAACUCGAACUACGGCGCGACGUGUACCUUUAUUGGAGACAACAUGGAGCCCGCCUACCACACCUUCCAAAUGUUCGAGGACGAGUACGAUGAGCCGCAGCUCGUGAGCCUGGUCGACUCCUUUGCCCUCACCACCCCGACUUUAAUCAAAAUUAACUCCUUCGCCGGUGCCAGCGGCAGCGGUGGGACGAACCUCAGCAGCUUUGUCACGCGCAUGCUCACGCAACGACGCACCAAGGACGAUAUCCUGCGAGAGCUACGCGAGCGCGUCUUCCAGCGCCGGCACCGCCUGCUCGCGUACUUCUCCAAGCUGGACCGGACGAAUAAGGGCUCACUGUGGAUGAUUGAGUGGGUGGAGUCGAUGCGCAACGUGCUGAACCUCGAUCUUCCCUGGUACUUUUUGCGAGGGUACCUGGUGGAGGUGGAUGACCAGUCCCGCAUAUGGUACGCCCCUUUCCUAAAUCACUUCCACAACAUUUUUCAGGAGCUGUGGAAGGACGACUGGCGGCAGUCGGUGUGCGCGCGGGUGCUGCAGCAGCAACGCGCCAACCGCCGCUCUCAGCUCGUCUCGGCCGCCUUUAACAAGGAGGUGGUGAACUACAACGAGUUCUGCUCCGUCAUGCGCGCCAUCGACUACACGACGAGCGACUGCCAACUCUUCCAGCUGUUUGAGUCCUUCGAUGAGAAGGGCAACGGGCACAUCAGCGGACCGGAGUUUGUCAAGAAGGUGCAGCAGAUCGCAAACGGCAAGCCAGACCCCCUGCGCUGGGACAUCGACGCGAUGGAGCAGCUGCAGAACAUCGUCAUUCAGGGCCGUAGCCAGCUGCCGUCGCUGUUCCGCGUUACGCAGAAGGACAAGACGCUGUCAAAGGAGCGUUUCAUGGCUGGCAUGCUGCAGCUCGGCCGCGGGAUGCGCAAGCAGCUGACCCAGCCGCAGAAGGAUGCGAUUUACGAGUUUAUGAAGCACCGCGUACCGGAGGGGGUAGAGGUGACCUUCGACGUUUUUCUGCUGUGCGUGUACGUCUUUGAUAGUCGCACGAUGGUGGGCCUCAACUCGGCCUACUCGCUCUCCGAGUUUAAUGAGCUGGGCCUCGCCCCGUUUUUCUUGAAGAACACCAGCUUCUCCAGUCCCGCCACGACGCACAACGCGUAG